UCUCUAACAUACUUCGUUUACCCUGUGUUUCCAAGUUGUGCUAGCUGUUUGCAAACCUUGGAAUAUUACUUCAUCCAAAUCCCUUGCAGAGAAGAGAAAGAUAUGGCUUUGAUCGGAGAGGCCCUCAUCUCUGCUACCAUCCAGACGUUGUGUGACAAAAUUGCUUCGCCUGAGUUCACCGACUUAUUUCGGCAGAAAAAGCUGGAUGAACAACUCCUCAACAAGCUGAAGACGACGCUGUUGACUUUGUCCGUAGUGCUUAAUGAUGCAGAGGAGAAGCAAAUUGAGGAACCUUUAGUGAGAGACUGGCUUGACAAUCUCAGACAUAAUGUCUUGGCUGCGGAGGACUUACUGGAUGAGAUCGACACUGAAGCUUUGCGAUGCAAGCUGGAAGAAGGUGAAGGUCAAACCCACAAUUUAACCAAGAAGGUACGUGAUUUUUAUCAACGCAUGAAUGUUGAGAUGAAAGAACGUGAUUUUUAUCAACGCAUGAAUGUUGAGAUGAAAGAUUUAUUAGAAAGAUUAGAACAAUUUGUACAAGAGAAAAGUGCUCUUGGUUUGACAGAAGGUGCUGGGAGGAAGGUUUCACAAAGAACAACAACUUCCUUGGUUCAUGAACCUUGUGUCUAUGGUAGAGAUGAAGUCAAAGAAAAUCUAUUGCAAAUUUUGUUAUCUGAUGAUGCAAGCAAGGAUGAUGUGUCUGUCCUCACCAUUGUUGGAAUGGGCGGGGUUGGCAAGACAACCCUUGCUCGACUGCUUUACAACGACGAUCAGGUGAAAGAACAUUUUCCACUUCACGCUUGGGUUUGUGUUUCGGAAGACUAUGAUUCUAAUAGGAUAACUAAAACUCUUCUAGAGUCAGUCACUUCAAAGUCUUCUGAUAAGACAGAUCUAAAUUUGCUUCAAGUUGAAUUAAGAGAACAACUCCAGGGAAAGAAAUUCUUAUUUGUGUUGGAUGACCUAUGGAAUGAGAAAUAUGGUGAUUGGAAACGCCUCCAAACUCCUUUUACUUCUGGGGCAAGGGGAAGUAAAGUCAUUGUAACAACACGGAGCCAACAUGUAGUAUCUGUCCUGCAAAGUGUUCAUGUUCAUCACUUGGAACCCUUGUCGCACAAAGAUUGCUGGUUCUUACUUGCAAAACAUGCAUUUGGAAAUGAAAAUUGCAGUGCUCCAAACUUGGAAGAAAUUGGCAAGCAAAUUGCACGCAAGUGCAAUGGGUUGCCUUUAGCUGCAGAAACACUUGGGGCUUUGUUACGUUGCAAUAUAGAUUCAGAGGAAUGGAAUACAAUACUAAAUAGCAGUAUUUGGGAGCUACCCUUUGAUAAAUGUGACAUUCUUCCGGCUCUUGGGUUGAGUUACCAUUAUCUCUCCUCCCAGUUAAAACGAUGCUUUGUUUAUUGUUCAAUUUUUCCAAAGGAUUAUGAGUUUAAAAAGAAAGAUAUAGUUCAAUUCUGGAUAGCAGAAGGUUUAAUUCCAAAAGCCGAGAACGGAAAGAGCAUAGAAGCGGAAGCUAGAAAAUACUUUGAUGAGCUAUUGGCACGAUCACUAUUUCAAAAGUCAAGCAAAUUCGGUUUCACAAUGCAUGACCUUAUUAAUGACUUGGCCAUGUUCAUGUGUAAGGCAUUUUGCCGUAGGCUGGAAGGGGGGGAAUUACAUGACAUAGAAAAAGUUCGGCAUUUUUCAUAUGCUACGGAAAGAUUUGAUGCAGCUCCAAAAUUUAAGCCAUUAAAUAGGGCUAAGUUUAUGCGGACCUUUCUACCCAUAUCUUUAAAUGGUUUCCCUUCUUAUGUAACUAAAAAGGUUCUACAAGAACUGUUGCCGUCACUAAGAUGUUUACGGGUGUUAUCAUUGUCAGGUUAUCAAAAUGUCACUGUGUUACCUGAUUCUAUUGCAAACCUCAUUCACUUGCGCUACUUGGAUCUUUCCUAUACCCCAAUUGAAAUGUUACCUGGGGUACUUUGCAAUCUCUACAACUUGCAGACAUUACUAUUGUCAAAUUGUUCCUCACUCCUUGAAUUGCCUGCAGACAUUAGAAAAUUGAUUAAUUUACAGAAAUUGACAUUGGGCGGUUGUAGUUCUCUUAAUAAAUUGCCUGCAGGCAUGAAGGAGUUGACUAAUUUGCAUCAUCUUGAUGUCAGUGGAACUAAAAUUGAAGAGAUGCCAGUGCAAAUGGGUAGACUGAAAAGUUUGAGAACAUUGACUGCAUUUGUUGUGGGCAAAUCUACUGGGUCAGGCAUAAGAGAACUGAAGGAGUUCCCGCAACUUCGAGGAAAACUAUCAAUUUUGAAGCUACAAAAUGUAGUUGAUGCGAGGGAUGCACUGCACGUCAAUAUGAAGCACAAGAAAGAUCUCAAGGAGUUAGAGUUUUCAUGGGGUGCGGAGGAUGCUGAUGAUUCCCAAAAGGAGAAAGAUGUACUCGACAAGCUCCAGCCUUGCGUGAAUUUGGAGAAAUUAACCAUCAGAUUCUAUGGUGGAACCAAUUUUCCGAAUUGGUUAGGAGACUCGUCUUUUUCUAACAUACAAGUCGUGCAUCUCAGUGACUGUAGUUAUUGUUGGUCGCUCCCACCAGUUGGACGGCUACCGGCACUCAAAGAGCUCUGUAUAGAAAGAAUGAAGUUUGUGAAGACGAUUGGCGUUGAAUUCUAUGGCAGAAAUGGAGCUUAUGUGACUCAGCCAUUUCGAUCUUUGGAGAAGCUAGAGUUUGGGGAGAUGCCAGAGUGGGAGGAAUGGGUACCAAGUGGAAGUACAAGUGGAGGUGAAUAUGGUCCAGACUUUCCUCAUCUCCAGGAGCUGAUUCUAUACGAGUGUCCGAAGCUGAGAGGAAGUUUGCCUUGUGAGUUGCCUUGCUUGAAGAAGCUUACGGUGUAUGGGUGUGAGGUUUUACAUGAUGGAAGGGCCACUACCGCAACUACCAGUAGUCUUAACUAUAAAUCUCUGGAAGAAUUUAAAAUAAGUGGUGGAUGCCAAGCUCUGUUAUCAUUAUUAGAGACAAAGCUCCUGUCCCGACUUGAGAAUGAAAAUGUUGUUGACGUACAGUGCUUGCCCAACUGCAAUCGUCUUCAACGUUUGACUCUUUCGAAUUGUCCAACGCUGUCAUCGUUUCCCAAAGAUGGCCUACCCAGUACCUUGACAUCACUUACUAUAGAGAAUUGUAGGAGAUUAGAAUUCCUACCUCAUGAGAUGUUGGCCAAAUUAACAUCGCUCGACUCUUUGAGUAUAUUUCAAAGCUGUGAUUCAAUGAGGUCCUUCCCGUUGGGCAUUUCUCCCAAAUUGACGACGCUUAAAAUUUGGGAUUGUGAGAAUCUGGAAUCCCUUUCCAUUGAUGAGAAUCUCAGCCAUCUCAGUUACUUUUUUGUCCAGGGAUGCGCGAAUUUGAAAUUCCUCGAACGCCUUCACACCCUCACAGCCCUUCGAUCUUUGUCGAUAUCGAAUCUUCCGAAUCUGGAGUCAUUUGCAGAAGAUGGGGGUUUGCCUCCCAACCUCCGAUAUUUUUACAUUCGGCAUUGUAAGAGACUGAGGGCUUCAUCAGUGGGAGAGUACUGGGGUUUGCAAGCACUUGUCUCCCUUGAACAAUUUCAUAUCAGUGGAAAUGACCGUGUCAUGGAGACGUUGCUCAAGGAACAGCUGCUCCCUACCACUCUUCACACUCUCAACAUCUCUGAUCUAUCAACUCUGAAAUCUUUGGACGGAAAGGGUCUUGGACACCUCACUUCUCUUCAAACGCUACAAAUUGGCAGCUGUCCAAGUCUGGAAUUCCUGCCAGGAGAGGAACUUCAACACCUCACUUCUCUUCAAACUCUAUACAUUAUUGGCUGUCCCAGUCUCCAAUGCCUGCCAGAAGAGGGUUUGCCGCCAUCUCUUUCUCAUCUGCGUAUCCUCUGGUGUCCUGCCCUGGAGGGAAGGUAUAAUAAUAAGACGGGACAAGAUUGGGCCAAGAUAUCUCACAUUCCUUGCAUCGAGAUAGGCAACGAAGUGAUCAUAUAAUAUGAGCUAUUCCAUAUUUCACUCUCAACCCUCAACUCUCAAAUCAAAGUCAGGUGAGUCUUUUUGCAGGAGGACAUACCUUCUCUUGGCCCUUGGGGAGCUUUUCAAAAUUUGCAAGGUUUCUUUAUGUGGCAUUUCCAGAGGGAGGGUCACAGGGCGGAGAAACAGAAAAGCUUUACCUGGAAUAUCUCAAUUGAUACGUUCCUGCAUAUAGGCAUCAAAUGUACACCAUUUUUAGAAGCCUACUUUUGUCAGAGUCAGUAGAUUCCAGAAUGAAGUCAUUGCCCAGACACAUUGGCACCCUCACAGCCUUUGACAUUUGGGGAUAUAUGAUCUUCAAAAUCUUGUGUCAUUUGCCUCCCAACCUGCAAUAUUUUCAUAUUUUGAAUUGUGACAGACUGAGCCCUUCGGUGGGAGAUUACUGGGGUUUGCAAGGACUUGGUGGCAAUAUCUUGUAGACGUUUGCUCAAUACCACUCUUCACACUCUAUAUAUUAUGGCCUGUCAGUCUAUAAUUCCUGCCAGGAGAGGAACUUGAACGCCUCUCUUCGCUGCAAAGGCUACAUAUUUGUGGGUGUGACAAUAUCCAAUUCCUGCCAGAAGAGCGUUUGCUGCCAUCUCUUUCUUAUCUGUGCAUCGACCAUUGUUUUGCCAUGUAGAAAAGUCUUUUCACAGGACAACAUAUCUUCUCUUGGAGAUAUAUUCAUUUGCAAGGUUUCUUUAUGUGUCAUUUCCAGAGGAGGGUUUACUAUUUAAUAGAAAGGUUCACCUGGAAUAUCGCAACAGACACAUUCCCAAAUAUAGGCAUUGAAUGCACAACAUUUUGAGGAACAGACCAAACAUGUUCAUACGUGGCAUUGCUCAAGUCAUCAUCAUUUGGGACAGAGAAUCAGCCUUCAAAUUUCUGCUGAGUCAAUGAUCCUUUAUUCUAGAUAUCUCAAGUGUAAUGGAAAUUGAUGAGUUACAAAGGAUUUGUAAACAUUUUCUACUGGAGGCUAGAAAUGCUUCUCAUAAGUGGCUGUGUUGCAAUUAUUUUGUAGGAUCAAAGACUCUGCAAAGAGUUUGUUGAUCUUGGGCUAGUGGAGAGAGAGGCGUCAAGUGAUACACAAAAACCAUUUUCUGUGAGCUGAUUUGAUAAAGAGAAAUGGUAUGCUUUCUUGUCUUAAGCGGUGUGUUCUGCAAUUAUUUGAAACAAAGGGUGCCGUGCUUCGAGUUCGAGAAAAUCAGGUAUUUUAGUAUUUUAUUCUUGAGAAAUUUGUUUUAUGUAGAAACUUGAACAUGUAAAUGAGAGAGAAAUUUUUUUUUAUAAAAUAUAUUAUAUAUUGUAUGUGCUGUUAAUGAGUUAAUAUGGUGCUUGGUACUAGUUGGAAAUUUGUGUAGUCAUCUAACUAUGAUCAAAUAAAGAUGAAAGAUAAAAUAAAAUUGAGAGCAUCUUCCUCUCCCCUGCUUUGCUCAUCCCUUGUUCUUCCACUUCAGCCCCACUAUUACACCAUUUUUUCCGCCACAAUUAUAAUAGCUCCAUGAGCAUUAAGUCCUUUUCAAAUUCUGCUAACAUUCAAAAUUGGAAUUUGCUGGUGAUAUAUGAUAGUAUCUUUGUCCGACCAAAAAGAAAAAGAAAAAAAAGUUUAUAGCAUAUUGUACCAUUUUGGCCAGUGUAAGCAAUAUUAUUGCAUCCAACUUUGCAUAUUAACAUCAGUGGCCACAGUUACACGAUUUGAGUGCACAGAAAGGUUUCAAAAGUUGUCCCACAAAGAACAGUCGUUCAAAGUGAAAGAGAGUUUUCAAAGCUUAAUUACAAGUUCAUGUUAUUUACAAUAUCAGACAGCUUUCAUACUUGCUUACAAACCUGUAUUUCCAAGUUCUGCAAACCUUGGAAUAUCACUUCAUCCAAAUCCCCUUCCAAAGCAGGAAAAAAUGGCAGCAUCUUUGAUCAGAGAGGCUCUCAUCUCUGCUUCUAUCGAGGUGUUGUGUUACUUCAGCCGAGUUCAUCGACUUAUUUCGGCAGAAGAAACUCGAUGAACCACUCCUCAUGAACCUGAAGACGACACUGUUGAUUUUGUUCGCGGUGCUCAAUGAUGCAGAGGAGAAGCAAAUUGUGAACCCUGCUGUGAGAGAGUGGAUUAACAGCUCCAGCAUGCUGUCUUUGAUGCAGAGGACUUACUUGAUGAGAUUGACACUGAAGCUUUGCGAUGCAAGCUGGAAGGAACAGACCAAAUAUGUGCACACGUGGCGUCGCUCAAGUCAUCAUCAUUUCAGACAGAAAAUCAGCCUUCAAGUGUCUGCUGAGUCAAUGAACCUUUCUAGAUAUAUCAAGUGCAAUGGAAAUUCAUGAGUUACAAAAAACUGGCAACAUGUUCGGGGCUGGCAAUUCAAUCCCUGAUGAACUUGAGAAGCAAAGCUCCCGUAAGGAAAUUGGUCGAGGUCACGACAGGGAUAAUUGAUGGUGAAAUGGAUGCUAUUUCUUCUUGCAGCCUGUUCUCAAAGUUCUUGUUGGCAAAAGCAAGAGAUGGAGUAUUUUGAUUGGGAGGAGAGAUAAUGACAUGUCUUGACAAUUCUAGAACAGCCCAUCUGAGUUCUUUUGUCAGGCUGCAUCAUUUAAUCCCAGCAAAAAUCCAGUAUUUGCUAAACAAUCACUUAUGGAAAUGGAAUUUGUAAUCCUUUCAAAUUGUACACAUUUUCUUUU